AUGAGGUUGAUGAGUCAUGUGAUUGAGAAACGUGCAAAACUCCCCCGAGCCGUGGUGUCUCGGAGCGGCGGCACCUCGGGCCGGAGGGCGCGCCGCAGCCGGACGGGCCCCUCCCAGCGGGAGCAGGUGCUCGACAGCGAGCCGGCAGCGAAGGAAGGGAGCCGGCAGCGAAGAACGGGAGCCGGCGGCGAAAGAAGGGAGCCGGCAGCGAAAGAAGGGAGCCGGCAGCGAAGAACGGGAGCCGGCAGCGAAAGAAGGGAGCCGGCAGCAAAGGAAGGGCGCCCGGAGCGAAGGAGAGGGAGCGAAGAGCGGGAGCGAAGGAAGAGAGCAGGCAGCGAAGAGCUUGGCGAGCUGAUGCAGACCUGGCUGACAGCUUACGGCACGCCCGGCCAGAAGAUGCUUCUCAGCCUCUCCGGCACCCUGGGAGAGGGGGAACAGAUAUCGCACACGGCCACUGGCAGCUCCUUCCCAGCCUGCGCCUUCUGGCUGCUAGAGAUUUUAGGGACUGCCUGUCUCAGAGAAUGGUCAGAGAAAGAAAGAUUUCCUGAGACUGGGUGCAACACACCACCUUGGCAAGAUCGUAAAAUCACCCUGUUUUCAGGCUGUGGAGAUGCACAUACAACCCUGGCACGGCCACAUCAAGUUCCUUUCUGCUGCGCUGGCUGGGAAGCUGUCCGACAGAGCCACAGGUGCUCAGGCAGCAGAGAUUCCGCUGCGGGGAAGCUGCAGAGAAGGCUGCCCGGCCCUGCUCCCCAAAAUGGACCUCCCCUGACUGGGGUCUCGCAGAGGAUGGAGCAAUUGCAGCCACCGGGUCAUUCCUGUGAAAUUCGGAAACAGCACCGGGGACUGGCCGAGGGGCUCACCUGGAACACAGCCCCAACAGGAGCAGCCCUGGGCACACUGGCAUGGGAGGAUGAGCCCAGGUGAGGAGCAUGUCCCCAGCAUGGCACCAAGAGGGGCUGGCACAGAAGGAUGAGCCCAGAGACAGAGGAAACACUGCUGCACCACGUCCCCAGGAGAGCCCCUGCCUCCCUUCUGCUCUCAGGGGUGGGACUGGGAGCCACCUCCAUGCACAAAGUGGCACCUGGCCUGGCUUCACUCUCCAAUGGAAGAGGCUGCUCAGAGCUCCUGAUUAGAGACAUCCACGCCCACCCCUGGCUGGGAAUCUGGGGUGCACCCUGUCCAGAUCCAGCCACGAGACGUUCCUGCUGCAGCUGCAGGUCCAGCUUGCUGAACCUCCAGCUCUGGCUGUGGUGUGUUCUUCAUUCCAGCUCAAGAACUGAGAUGCUCCAGUUGAAGGCUGCUCCAGUUCCUUCCAGCUCUGGCUUAAUAACUGCUGCUUUUUGUUACAAGCCACUUUAAAGCUCCAGCUAAUUGCAGUUAUCUGGGCUUUUGGCCAAGUUGUACAUGACUCACUGUCAUCAAUUACAUAUAACCAAUAACUUUGUUAUAACUAUUAACUAUUUAUUGUCAUAGUUAUUGUUUGAAUAGAAGUCAGAAGUCUUGUAGUGGUUGUGCACAAUAAACAGUUGGACAUGGAAGAAGGGCUGAAAAGUGCUUUUCUUUCCUGAGACUGUCUCAGACCCUUGGAACAGCCUGGGGCUUACCAGCAUCCCUACGUUUGGGGACCAAGGUGACGGGAGCUCUCCAGAGAGGGUCCUCAUCCCCAGCCCUCCCCACAGAGGCCCUCCCCCAGCCUCUGCUUUGGGGGCUGAGGACAGCCAGCUGAGCUGCUGUUUCCAGGUCUCUGGGAAGUGACACUUGGUCAUUUUUCUGGGUCCCAGAAACACUGGAGUAGACCUGCAUUUUCAAGAAAAGAAAAUGCAGGACUUCCUUUACUUUUUCUGAGCUUCACAAACAUUGGGCUGUGCUUCUGGGACCCAAGAGCAUUCCCCAGAGCUUGGUUUCAAGGCACAAAAAAUGCAAUAUUUAGUCUCUGUUCUCAAAAGGUGAAUACAAGACUAAAUUUUUGCCUUCACAUCCCAAACCCACUGGAUUCAGUCUCUGUUUUCAACUUUAGUCUUUCUGAGCUCCAAACCUGAUCCCCUCAGCAUGUUCCAAGCACCCAAAACACGGCACGUGGCAGUUAGGAGCCAGCACUGCAGCACUGCAGCUCUGUUUGCCCGUGUGUGAUGUAGCAGCGGGCAGCUGGAAGGGUAUUGCCCAUCCCUGCCCCAUUUCCAGUUUACGGGAAGUGCUUGGGACCUGGGAUGGAGGCACCCACCGCGCACGGUCUUGUGUCUCUGCGGGGCAGCACUAGCCGAUGUGGGGAAUCACUGUAUUCAGGUUUAUUUCAGCUGCAACACCUCCCAGCCCGGCCGGGUACACCCGCUCCCGGAGAACAUCCCUCCCUCAGAGCCCGCUCUCCUCCAUGGCCACCAUGCCCCCGACACCCCAGAAACUCCACCACGAGGAGCCUCCCGCUUGUACCCCAACCUCCGCCAGAGGAAACCUCCGGGAGCGCCAGGGCCCGCCGGCCCGAGCACCAGGAUGGGACAGUCCCCGCCUCCCCUCGGCCCCGGAACUCCCUGCCCGGCCCGGGGAGGCUCGGGCCGUGGAGUGCCUCAGCCCCGGCCCCGGCUCUCAGUCAGGAUCCCCAGCCGAUACGACAGAAGCUGAACCAGAAUGGCCGGCGCCAUUCCCGGCUCCGCCUUGUAGUCCCGGGCUCCGCACCCGGAGCAGCCCCGGUUCGGCCCAGGUGGGAGGGGCGGUGCCGCGGGCCCUCUCCAGAGGGGGGGUCCGGGGGAGGGGGCGGGUUGGAGGGGGGUC